UGGUGGUGGCGUGAAGCAGGGAAACGAGCCAGGGAAGGGACGCCAGGUGUCGGUGAGGCCGGACGGAAACCCCUCGAGCCAAAACCAUGGCAGCGUGGAAAGCUCGGAAGCACCGGCCACUGGAGGCGGAAGCGGGGCUGGAGGAGGAGGGAGGUUAUGGCGCGCGGUGCACUGUGGGACAGUGUGUAGGCCAGGCGGGGCGCGACGGAAGCCUCGUUGGGUCAGACCGUGGCGACGCGGGAAGUCCGGACGCCGUAGCGGCUUGAAGAGGAGGUUCGAGGCCUGGGCCCCGGCCGCGGCAAUGGCGGAGAGGCCCGAGGACCUAAACCUGCCCAAUGCCGUCAUCACCAGGAUCAUCAAGGAGGCGCUCCCGGACGGUGUCAGCAUCUCCAAGGAGGCCCGGAGCGCCAUCUCCCGUGCCGCCAGCGUCUUCGUGCUGUACGCCACAUCCUGUGCCAACAACUUCGCGAUGAAAGGGAAACGCAAGACACUGAAUGCCAGCGAUGUGCUCUCCGCCAUGGAGGAGAUGGAGUUUCAGCGGUUCGUGACCCCGUUAAAAGAAGCUCUGGAAGCUUACAGGAGGGAGCAGAAAGGCAAGAAAGAAGCUUCAGAGCAAAAGAAGAAGGACAAAGACAAAAAAACAGACUCAGAAGAGCAAGACAAGAGCAGGGAUGAGGACAACGAUGAAGAUGAGGAAAGGCUGGAGGAAGAAGAACAGAAUGAAGAGGAGGAAGUGGACAACUGAAGAGGGUGGGGAGACGCAGCUCAGAAGGUACCACUCUGAAACGCCGUACACGUUUGUGUGAAGGUUUUUCGUGCUGGGCAGAGUAGUCUUAGGCAGAAGAUCGAAAUAAAAACUGAAUUAUCAUCAAAACCAGCGCUUCCCAGACUCGGAGCAUCUGAGUAGCAGAAUCCUGUUUUGCUUAAUCAGUCUCAAGGUUAUGCCUUUUUGGCAAGAGAGAUUCUGAACAGCUAAUUUAAUUGGUCAUUUUGAUCUCUCGUUUACUUACACAUAUAGUUAGGCAGUUGUUGAUCCCCAGUUCCCUCCCCACCCCCCAAAAAAGUAAUAAUAACUUCCAUGCUGCCGACGGUGUUCCAGAUCACAGAGGCAGUCAAGGCUCAGGAAAAACUGGGGUUUGAUCAUGGUCAGCCUAUUUGAUUGUACAGUAUUUGGCAAUACUAGAUUAUUUCAUGUGAUCAGAAUGGCUUAGC